GAUGAUGCUGAUGAUGGGGAUGGUGCUGAUGAUGGGGAUGGUGCUGAUGAUGAGGAUGGAGUUGAUGAUGAGGAUGGUGCUGAUGAUGAGGAUGGAGUUGAUGAUGAGGAUGGUGCCGAUGAUGAGGAUGAUGCCAAUGAUGAGGAUGGAGCUGAUGAUGAGUGUGGUGCCAAUGAUGAGGAUGGAGCUGAUGAUGAGGAUGGAGCUGAUGAUGAGGAUGGUGCCGAUGAUGAGGAUGGCGCCGAUGAUGAGGAUGGCGCCACUGAUGAAGGUGGUGCCAGUGCCGUGCCGUGCCCGCAGGUGAGCGCCAACGGCAGCGUGGUGCUGAGCGAGAUCGUGGGCACCAUCAAGCUGAAGGUUUUCCUCUCGGGGAUGCCGGAGCUGCGCCUGGGCCUCAACGACCGAGUCCUCUUCGAGCUGACGGGCCGGGGGAAGAACAAGUCGGUGGAGCUGGAGGACGUGAAGUUCCACCAGUGCGUCCGUCUGUCCCGCUUCGACAACGACCGAACCAUCUCCUUCAUCCCGCCCGACGGGGACUUCGAGCUCAUGUCCUACCGCCUGCACACCCAGGUGAAGCCGCUCAUCUGGAUCGAGUCCAUCAUCGAGAAGUUCUCCCACAGCCGGGUGGAGAUCAUGGUCAAGGCCAAGGGCCAGUUCAAGAAGCAGUCGGUGGCCAACGGGGUGGAGAUCGCGGUGCCGGUGCCCAGCGACGCCGACUCCCCCAAGUUCAAGACCACGGUGGGGUCGGCGCGGUACCUGCCCGAGAGGAACCUCGUCAUCUGGAGCAUCAAGUCCUUCCCGGUGAGGACACGCCCUGGACCCCGGCCUGGGGGGUCCCUCGUGUGCCCUCGACCCCGUCCUGAGGGACCACCAUGUCCUCCCACCCCCCGUCCCU